AUGACUGUUUCUCCGAUUACCAAGUACAAAUCAGAUAUCGAUACCUUGCCUGGGAAUAGGUACUUCACCUGCAAGAACUAUGAGGACGAUAGGAUGCACUUUCAUCAGCCAUGGGUUUUCGGUGUUGAGGAAGAAGUGCAGCGCCUAAAGAGGGAGGUGGCUGAUAUGGCCGAAGAAAUUGCUACGCUUAAGAGGCUUAUUACCUCCACCUCCACCUCCACCUCCUCCACUACAUGA